AAAUAGCCAUAAAAUAAGUUUUAGUUUCUUCUCUUCUUCCCAUUGUCCCCAUUGACUGCAGACUUCAUCUGCUCUUCAUAGUAUUUUGAGCUUCAAAAGCAAUCUUCCAUACAGAUACAGUACCAAAGAAACACCUUUCAGACCCAAGUAUCUCUUUCUCUUUUGAUCAUUUCUAAUUUAGGCUUUUCAAAUUAGGAUUUACUGGGUUUUGGGCAGCCAUGGAUAUUUUGAAAAAAAUACCUGCAGCUUGUGCUUCCAAUGUGGUUGUUUACUUGAUGCUUGUUUGGUUCAAGGCCAUGGACUGCUACUUACUGCCCAUGUUGAGAUUUCCUCUGUUGAUCCUCCAUGGCUUCUUCAAACGUUGGCUGUUUAAGCCCAUGACCCUGCAAAUUGAAGAGUACCAUGGUACAAGUACUAGAAAUAACGUUUAUGAUGCUUCUGCGCUUUACUUGCAGAGCAAGAUCAGCCCUUCAACUCAGAUUCUGAAGAUUUCACAAACUUGGAAAGAGACUAGUUUAACUGUCAACUUUGCAAACAACCAAGAGUUUGAUGACAUGUAUGAAGGGGUUCAGCUGAAAUGGAAAUUCAAUUCCAUGUCAAAGAGAUCCAGCAGUUCUAGCACUUCCUCAGCUUUCAAGCCAGAGCAAAAGCAAUACUUUGAGCUUGUAUUUGACUUGCAGCACAAGGAAAAGGUAAUGAAUUUGUACUUGCCUUAUGUUUUAGAGACAUUUGAGGCUAUGAAAAACGAAAGGAAGAUUGUCAAGCUGCAUACACUUGUGAGAAUAGAUGCUUUUAAAAUAAGAUGGGAGGCAAUCAAUCUCGAACACCCCGCAACAUUCCAGACGGUAGCCAUGGAACCAGAGCUGAAGAAAACGGUUUUGGAGGACUUGGACAGGUUUGUUAAGAGGAAAGAGUUCUAUCAAAGUGUGGGAAGGGCUUGGAAGCGAGGGUACCUUCUAUAUGGUCCUCCAGGCACUGGGAAAUCAUCCCUAAUAGCUGCCAUGGCUAAUUACCUCAAGUUUGAUGUUUAUGAUUUGCAACUCACACAUUUGAAAACAGAUAUGGAACUGAGAAAAGUAUUGCUGUCAACAUCAAACAGGUCGAUCCUUGUUAUUGAGGAUAUAGAUUGUAGCCAGCCGGGGGUGCAAGAUCGAAAAAAUGCUAAUGGCAGCAGAAAGCCUGAGUCAGAAGGCAAUCAGCUUACACUAUCUGGACUGCUAAACUUCACAGAUGGGCUUUGGUCAAGUUGUGGAGAGGAGAGAAUCGUUGUGUUCACUACCAAUCACAAGAGCAAGCUUGACCCUGCAUUGCUGCGUUCGGGACGAAUGGACAUGCACAUCCACAUGUCAUAUUGCACCUACGAAGGCUUCAAAAUUUUGGCUUGUAAUUACCUCAGAACUUGUGAACAGAAGCACCCUUUGUUUGAGGAGAUUGAAAGCCUUCUGAAGAAAACAAAGGUCACUCCUGCACAAGUGGCAGAGCAGCUGAUGAAGAGUGAGGCGGCUGAAGUUGCUCUUCAAGGUUUGAUCACACUGCUAAAGCAAAAGAAAAACGGCAGGAAAGAUGAGUAUCAGGAGGAAGAUGAAGAUGAAGGUGAAAACAAACAAUUAACAUAUUUUAUUUAGUAAGAGAUAAACAAUUGGGCAUAUGGUUUUCGGAAAAACAUGUUAUUUCAACUCAGAUAGAAAGAAUCGCAUUGAAUUUAGGAAAGCUUUAUGUUAUUUCAAUACAAUUGUCUUGCAUUUCAGUUACCAUAUCUGACUAAACAGUUAUAUGUAUGGUCAUUUGGAUGGAAUCCCUGUGGCUCACAUUGACCUGUUUUAAAAAGUUCAUAACCUGAAGUGGCUUAGAAAAGAAAAAUUUAGGCCCCAAAUUGAAAGUCAUUUAAAAGCUCAGCAGGCAAAACGGCAGUUUAUCCAACAGUUUGAGGACAAACAUGUAGGCAUUGAGCUCAAAUGGAAGCUCAAUGCCCUGUCCAAGAAAAAAGAGUUCGAGUUUUCCUUUGACGUGGGCCACAAGGACAAAGGGGAGCAGUCUUCUUGCCUUCCUUAUUUAAUGGAGAGAUUUAAGGCCAUGAACGAGGAAGCAAAGAUUGUGAAGCUGCACACUUGCAAGCUCAGAUGGUUCUAAGAUCAAAUCGGAUGAAACCGAAUUUCUAAAUAACUGCAACAUUUGAGACCCUGGACGUGGACCCAGAUCUGAAGAUGGCAGUUGUGGAGGAUUUAGAUAGGUCUGCUAAGAGGAGAGAGUUCUAUCAAAGGGUGGGAAAGGCUUGGAAGUGACAGUAUCUUCUAUGUGGUCCUCCAGGCACUGGUAAAUCAUCCCUAAUAGCUCCUAUAUUCUCAUCACUCUGCUAAUCAACAAGAAAGUAGACAAAGAGGUUGGGACAAAGACAAUGAUGCAAGUGCAAUGUGUGGAGGAAAACUGACAGACCACCUCUGGAAGAAGAAGCUGAGUUUUCAAGUAGCGUAGUUUGCUUUUCAUGAAAAAAUACCAGUUCAAC